CAACCGCCGGCAGCCGCCGCCGCAGCAGCAGCAGCAGCAUAGCACGGCUCUGCGCGCCGACUACAAGAGGGUUAAAAGUGUAGAUUGGAUUUCACCCCGGGAAAUCGAGCGCACGGAGUGAACUUGAAUCUUUGGCUAUUUAAGGAGGACUGGGGUUUGUUGUGGAGUUGUGGUGAUUCAGGGCAGAGCCCCGUCCUGAUUGAUUUCAUCUUCCUCGAGUCUCAGAUGACUGUAAAAUGAACAGAUGAAAUUAUUCCUUUUUUGAGGCUUUUUCUUAGGGGCUCUCCGGGCAGCGCGUUUGCAAAAGCGAAGUCAUGAUGUAUUCUCCAAUCUGUCUCACUCAGGAUGAAUUUCACCCGUUCAUUGAGGCACUUCUUCCGCAUGUCCGUGCAAUUGCCUAUACUUGGUUCAACCUCCAGGCUCGAAAGCGCAAGUACUUCAAAAAACACGAGAAACGAAUGUCAAAGGACGAGGAAAGAGCAGUUAAGGAUGAGCUACUAAGCGAAAAGCCCGAAAUUAAACAGAAGUGGGCAUCCAGGCUCCUCGCCAAGCUGCGCAAAGAUAUUCGCCAAGAGUUCCGGGAGGAUUUUGUGCUCACAGUGACUGGGAAGAAGCACCCGUGCUGUGUAUUGUCCAAUCCUGACCAGAAGGGUAAGAUUAGGAGGAUCGACUGCCUGAGACAGGCUGACAAAGUCUGGCGUCUGGAUCUAGUCAUGGUGAUCCUGUUCAAAGGCAUCCCCUUGGAAAGUACGGAUGGAGAGCGGCUCAUGAAAUCCCCACAUUGCACAAAUCCAGCACUUUGCGUCCAGCCACACCACAUAACAGUAUCAGUCAAGGAGCUUGAUUUGUUUUUGGCAUACUACGUGCAGGAGCAAGAUUCUGGACAACCAGGAAGUCCAAGCCACAAUGAUCCUGCCAAGAAUCCACCUGUGUAUCUUGAGGACAGUUUUGUAAAAUCUGGAGUGUUCAACGUGUCAGAACUUGUGAGAGUGUCCAGAACACCUAUAACCCAAGGAACUGGAGUGAACUUCCCAAUUGGAGAACUUCCGAGCCAACCGUAUUACCAUGAUAUGAAUUCUGGUAUAAAUCUGCAGAGGUCUUUAUCCUCUCCACCAAGCAGCAAAAGACCGAAAACCAUCUCCAUAGAUGAGAAUAUGGAGCCAAGCCCGACAGGAGACUUUUAUCCUUCUCCAAAUUCACCAGCUGCGGGAAGUCGGACAUGGCAUGAAAGAGAUCAAGAUAUGUCUUCUCCUACAAUGAAGAAACCUGAAAAGCCUUUGUUUAGUCCUACUUCUCCCCAGGAUUCUUCACCAAGACUGAGCACUUUUCCCCAGCAUCACCACCCAGGAAUCCCAGGAGUUGCACAGAGUGUCAUCUCAACUAGAACUCCACCUUCACCUUCACCAUUGCCAUUUCCAGCACAAGCUAUUCUCCCUCCUGCCCCGUCUAGUUACUUCUCUCAUCCAACGAUCAGAUAUCCUCCCCACCUGAAUCCUCAGGAUACUCUGAAGAAUUAUGUACCUUCUUAUGACCCGUCCAGUCCGCAGACUAGCCAGCCUAACAGCAGUGGUCAAGUAGUAGGGAAAGUGCCUGGCCAUUUUACUCCAGUUUUGGCACCCUCUCCCCAUCACAGUGCGGUGCGACCUGUGACCCUGAACAUGACAGAUACUAAGCCCAUCACUACAUCCACUGAAGGUGAGGCAUCUUCACCUACAGCAACCACCUACACAGCUUCAGGCACAUCCCAAGCCAAUCGAUAUGUGGGACUAAGCCCAAGAGACCCAUCCUUCCUACACCAGCAACAGCUGAGGAUUUGUGACUGGACCAUGAAUCAAAACGGCAGGCAUUUAUACCCCAGUGCCAGUGAGGAUACAUUGGGAAUUACUUGGCAAAGUCCUGGUACCUGGGCUAGCUUGGUUCCUUUUCAAGUAUCAAACAGGACACCGAUCCUGCCGACAAAUGUCCCAAAUUAUGGUUUGAACAUAAUUGGAGAGCCUUUCCUUCAAGCAGAAACCAGCAACUGAGGGAAAAAAUAAAAAGAAAAAUUAGGAAAAAGAAAAAAAAAGGAAGGAAGAUGGGAUGAGAGAAGAAACUGAAGAACGAAGAAAAAAUAGACCAGCAAUUGCAGCACUUACAAUCACUAAUUUCCUUAUGGUCGAAACUGAAAUGACAUACAAAGGGUCGAUGAUAUUUCACUGAUGGGUAGAACGCAGCUCCUGCUAAGUAGCCUUUGUUAUAUGAAGUCCGCUGGGAAAUAGAUGUUCUGUCUCUGACAAUAUAUUUUAACUGACUUCUAGAUGCCUUAAUAUUUGCAUGAUAAGCUAGUUUUAUUGGUUUAGUAUUCUUGUUGUUUACGCAUGGGAUCACUAUUCCUGGUUAUCUCACAAAACAAAGGCUAGGCAGCAGCAGCGGAUUUGCAGGAGGACAAGGGCUGUAAGCCAGCCGUUUUCUCAACACUCUGAUUUCUAAAUGUUAAAAAAAAAAAAAAAAAAAAAAAAAAAAAAAAAAAAAAAAGCUCUGUAGCCUUUAGUUAUCAGUAUGGAUUUAUUAAACUUUGGCCCUUGACUCAGCCUUUUCUAGUGUGUUACCCAGCUUGAAAUUUUCAAUCAGAAUGAACACACAUGCUCUAUGUAAGAAAUGCCUCUAUGUAGGUGAAGUGUUAUCUUUUCAUGCAACAGUAAAAAGAAAAAAAAAAAAAACAAAAAAAACAACCCAGAAACUUUUUACCCACUAAAGAAACACUUAGAGAGGCAAGUGCAAUUUAAAAGUUGUAUCAAAGGGGUCAUCAUUAUAAGUCCUUCAGCCCUUGGACUCUAAAUUGAGGGGAUUAAAAAAGGAAUUAAAAUUUACUUUGAACAAAUUUAUUUUUCCCCUCAGUUUUUGAGGGCAUUAAAAGGCAUUACAUCGAGACAAAUCAUGUCCUUGAGAAAAAUAAAUCAAUGAAAACACAGCACUUAUGUUGGUUUAGCUGCUGCCUCCACAAAGGGGUAGAAUUUAUUUAUUUAAAGUUACUGGUUGCAUCAAAAACCCAUAGGGUUUAUAUUUUUCUGUAUAAUCUGCAUCAUAGAGACAAAGAGAUAGGCAAAUCCAUGCCAAAAGGGCAAAGCUUACUGUUUACAAACUGGUAAUACCAGGAUGGGGAUAAGAUUUAUUUAAAUAAUGCACUCUCUAAGUCUAAUUACAGGGUGCUGAAAACUUGCAUGGUGCUUUCAGAAGUUAGCCUUGUUCAACAGAUUUCACAUAUUGACAGAAAUAUAAUGUGCAUGGGCAGACAUUUUGCCUCUAUGUCUCUCAAAAAAUAGUUAAAGUACUCUUUCCAGUAAUCCUGAUUUGCACGAAAAUAUAAUGUCCACAUUACGUGCCUUGCCUUGAAAUCUAAAAAAUGAAAAAAAAAAAAACAAAAAAAUACAAAAAAUCCACAAAAACAACAAAAAAAAAAAUUUGACAUCACUACACUUGUUUUGCUGCAUUUAUUAUCAUUUAAAUCUUUACCAUUUUUAUGACAAAAUAUUUUGUACUCCAGAUGGGAAAAAAGUGUGACAUCAUGGAUUUUUUAGACAGUUAUAUCUUUAUCUCACAUUUAUAAAGCAUAUCAUGGCUGUGUAUAAUUGCCGCUUAAAAAUUGUAAUCGACCAGCAAUAUUUUCAGUAUUUUGGUGUUUUUUCUAUUAACCUUUCAUGUUUUUCAUCUUCCAAUUAAUAUUGGGGGGGAGGGGAUUCAAAUUUAUACGAAUUAUGCAAUACCAAGUUUUGCCUAAGUAGGUAGUGCUUUUAGCUGUAUUGGUUAUUAUAGGUAAGUACACAGAUUUAAAAGGAAAAAAAAAAAAAAGAAUAAUGUAUGCUUUUUUUUUUUUUUUUUUUUUUUCUUUUUUUUUUUAAUUGACCAAAGUGGGUACUGCUAUUUUUGCAGUGUGAUGAGGUCCUUUUAUGUACUGAGAGAUGGACGGGGAUUUUUUUUUUUAUACAUAUAUAUAUAUUCUGGGGUGGGUGGGGAUGAUUUUUAACACUUUACAGUGUAGCUGUGAAGCAGUGCACCCUUAGCCAGGCAAGGGCUGCAAAGCGACUGUUCUGCCUACUGUGACAAACUUUCAAAUCGGUUCCCUCUUUUAACUUCCCACCUGGGGUGCAAGCUGAAAUCAUUUAUGGAUUUAAAAAAUAAAUAAUGAAUUCUGUUGGAGGCAGACUUGACUUGAGGAAAUUGUUUUACUUCGAAUUUCUUUAGAGAGAGAGAGAAAAAAAAGGGAGAAAGAGUGAUAGAAAUAGAGGGGAGAGAGGCAGCCAGAGGGAGAAGGAGUUCAAGACCCACAGCAAGAUGAAGCCUUCCCACUCUGGUGAAUACACUACAUAUGAAAAUGUUUGUGUUAGGAAUUUUUUAACUUAGAAAGAUGAUUGCUUUGUCUAGGAAAUGCACAUAGAGGGCCAAAAUCUUUGCUGGCAUAACUCCACUGGCUUCAGUUGACUUCAGAGCUGUUCCUGCAGAGAAUUUGCCUUCUUUAGUCUGCAUGGCUGGUAAAUAUUUCUUUUCCCCUAUAACAAAACUGUUUUUUGAAGUUUGUCAACUCACAGCAUCUGAGAUCUGAUCUUCAUCCUGCUCAGACCACGUCAGAGGUUUGCAAAGUCUUCUCAUAAAGCAGGUCAGAUGGAGAGCUCUGCGCUGUAGCAGGAAAGGAGCUUCAGAAUGGGUGGAAUUAGACUAUGGUGUAAACAAAAGUGCAUUUACAGUAAAAUCAGACCUUACAGAUUAGUAGUGAGCCUGUUGCUGGAGACUUCUUAUGCUCUGGGGAUGCCUCUUAUCUACUGAUCAGUGUAGGGAGAACAUCUUCAGGCACAAGGAAAGGAUGGAAAAGUCUCAAAAUGGGGUAUCCUUUCAGCCCUCUGAGUUUGUCUUUUCAUUUCAAAGGUUUUCCCCAACUGGAGCAGCUCCAGAGUACAUGUCCAGCAACAGGUGCUGGGUGCUGACACACUAACAUUGGUCCCUUCUUGCCUUGAAUCAUGUCAUAGAAUCACUGAAUCCUAGAAUGGUAGAAUUACAGAAUCAUAGAAUCAUAGAAUGGCCUGGGCUGAAAAGGACCUCAAAGAUCAUCCAGUUUCAACCCCCCUGCCACGGACAGGGUCAUCAACCACUAGACCAGACUGCCCAGACCCACAUCCAGCCUGGCCUUGGCCAUCAUGUGGGUGCUGUGAGGCUGUGGUGGUGGCACAUCCUGUGUGUCCCUGCAGCAGGCAGAGCAUGGAUAGAUACUGAGGCAGAAGCUGUAGAAAAGCAGAUCUUUAUCUGUAUCUAAACAGAAAAGGAAAGGAAAAAAGCCGGGGGGAAGAAAAAGUCCAAUUUACGUUUCACUUUUCCUGAGCCCCAUGGUAAGUGACUUCAUUUCCUAAGCAUAUUGCUGUUAAGACUAGCUGAAAUGUGGGAGACCCACCCAGAGCAUAUCUUAGGCUCUGGCCUAGUGAAAUAAAUGAUGUUAUUGCCUUUUCUGCUAGGCCCUGAUAUUGAGUGGUCAGGGAGCACUGUCCAUGCUGCGGGGAGCAGGAUGUCCCCUAAACUUUUAAAUGCAUGCCAGGAUGAAACUGAAAUGCAUGUGAUUGCCAAAAGGAUGAGUAUGCCUGAGGGAGGAUGGAUGGCUUUAUGUGAGCUUUUCUGUUAUCUCUGACCUCUUGUAUGAAAAAAAAUGAGCUUGCAGAUGCGAUAUUUUUAACAGCAGAGUCCUUCCAUGUGAAUGAAUUGGUUUGAUUCAGCAACUGUGGGUUUUUUCACACGUGCCUCUCUGAUAGAAAAGUCUGGUUGGAAGAAAACACACUUUUCAUUUAUGUUUUGUUUUGUUUUGUUUUGUUUUGUUUUGUUUUGUUUUUGUUUGUUUUUUAAGCUCAGCAGUCAAAAGAUUAAGAUAACAUUGAGAACUCAAAUCCAGUCUCUGGCCUCCUCCUUCACCAGGAAGUGUAUUCUGACUAAAUCAAGCCACCCCGUUCUAUGUGCACUGUUCUGCCUUUAUUAAGUUGCUUUGCAGCCCUGGCCUCACGGCUGUGCCACUGAAGUGUGUUCCCCCUGGAGUGACAUGAACGUUUGAGGCUUGACUAUGGAAAAAAAAAGGCAGUGAAGGAGACUGUACAUAAAGACAUGGCAAAAAUAUUAAUUAUAGCAAUAUAGUUGUGGGGUGAUGUUCAGGUGGGCAGCUCCAUUGAAAAUAUGUGAAUGGAUUUGUGAAGCUGCAAGUAGCGAGAAGAAAGGAGGAUCUUCUGAAUGAACCGCCUACCUUGUAGACAGUAAUUUGUACACUGUAUAGUUUUGUUAAGAUUUUUUUUUUUUAAUUAAAAUACCCUUGUUUGUAAAGCUAACUUUUUAACAAUUAUAAUGGAAAUAUAUAUUAUUUCCAUUUUUAAAGUAAACAAGAAUAUUCCUUGUUUGGAAGCUGGACUUGGGUUAAAACUCUCCAGUUCCUUAAUUUAUGUGUUAAAAAAAAAAAAAAAUCUGUCCAUGUUAGCAGUUAUUUCACAGAUUCCUGUGCUUGAAAAGCAUAGGUUACUAAUCCUUUAAAAAUGUAAAUGGAGAAAAGUUAUAUUUUAUGAAGGUUAUUUUGUUGUAUUUAGUAUUGGAAAAGUUGGUUUUCAGAGCAUUUCAAAAUGUUGGAAGCACCACUGUCUUUUUAUUAGUAUAUAUGGCCUUUAGCAAAAGUUUUUGUGAUUGUUACAUGAUGGUAUUUAAGAUUAGGUUCGCAGAGCAAUUCAGGAUAGGCAGAGAAUAAAAACAGUACUUAUCUCUCACAUAGCUGUGUCCUCAGGGAGCAGAAUUUUGGAUUUGCAACUUGUAGCUUCAUAAGGACUUAAUGAAAGAGAUUGCACAAGGACAUACUCAGCUGUGACACCGGAGUGUGUUCUGUACCUAAAUCUAAAUUAUAUUUACUGUGUGAGGUUAUGAAGGCUGCAGAAAGUUAUCCCAUAUUCAGUGUACAGUAUUCACUUUUAAUGAAACAACUCUUUAAUGUUGCUGGCAGUAAGGUCCCAAGCAUGACAUCCAAUAUAGUUUAUAUGAUCCUGUCAAGGUCUUUUGUUAACAUUAACCAGCUGCAAUGCUCCUGGACUUUUUUUUUUUUAAUUGGGUUUCUAUAGAAAACUUAAAAAAGAAAAAAAAGAGAGAAAAAAAAAGUAAAAUUGUACACGAGCUAAGAAAGUUAAGCUGGAAAAGCUCAAAAUUGAUUCUUCAGCUCCAAACUGAAGGAGCUGAAAACUGUCUCCCUCUUAUUUGCACUUUCUGCUACUUCCCAAUUUUUUUUUCUAAUUCCUCAAAAUUGUGUGGGUGUGGUGGAGCACUGCAGUUGGAGGAUAACACGGACCACUGGUUUUGCCCUUUAACCCUGCACAAUGACCUUUGCAUCAGCCAAACUUAUUGCCAUGACAACUCUUUGUACUGUUUCCACGCCACAGCUCUGUUGGUCAUGUUGUUAAUAGCAAAGGGGACAAGUCCAAGACGGUCAAUUUUUACAUUUUUUUGUUGCAAUUUUUUCUU